CUGCGGCGGCGGCAACGGUCUCUAUCGUUUUUUUGGUCGCGGAAAACGGCAGUGCUGUGCGAGUGUCACGACCGGAUGAACGCGGCCCGGCAACGGUGUACUUGUAUUUUCAUACGCUACACUUACGCGGUGGCAACGGUAUUCGUGUACGCGUCAGAAAACACGCCGAUCAUCGCGGACGAAGAAGACGAGUGCAGCUGUCGCAGCGACUUGCGAGCGAACAGCGGCGACGGGAGAAAAAAUUCAAAAAUCCUAGGAAUAGGAAAACGCGGGUAAGCCCCGUCCCUGGGACGGGCAGUUUAGCACGCGGUUUGCGCGAUGGGUUGCGAUCUGGGUAAAUUGGCUAGCUCCACGGCGUCCGGGAACGACCGUGGUGGCGGCAAGCACAAGGACAGGCUGGAGGAACCGCCGAGUCCCGGUCCACCAGAUCCCCGGCUCCCGUUGACGGCCAAACAGAAAUACAGCAUGAUCGCGUCGUGGAAGGGCAUAUCCCGGGCAAUGGAACCUACCGGGGUGUACAUGUUCAUCAAGUGGGUACCAUUUGUAUAAUAAUGAUACCAAUAUUUAUUGGUAAAUGUAGAAUAUUUAAUAUAAUGAUUAAUAUAUAUACAGAAAAAAAAAGAAAACAGUAUACUUCAGUUACGCUUUUUCAAACGAUUUCGUUUCUCGUGACUGUCUUGCAGAGCGCGGGCUUUUGCUCGAACCGACGAUUUGUCUCUAGAAUUGACCUCGAUCGGCUCGACUGCGUCCGCUUUAUAAAACAUGGCAACUAGUAAUCUAGUCAUACGGGGCUGGGUGUCAAAUGCCCCUUGAAAUUUUUGGGUGUUAAAUAUGAAUACAAAUAUUUUUGAUUAAAUUCAAAUCAAACAAAUUUUUUUUUUAAUUCUACCUUUCUCCCACCCCCCCUUGAAAAUUUGUCUUAUAGCUAAUGAACUCGUAGCCUCCGUCACUUCUGUACAAUUUUUAAAAAUUGUCCAACCCUAACCGCCAAAAACUAGCCCAAAUCACGACACUGAUGUAACAUUAUCACACGGCGAAAGUUGUUUUGCAUACUCGUCUUACUAUAAAGGACGCAGUCUAUAUCAUUAUAAAAAAACUCCCGUGCACAUUAACCGCGGGUAGUCAUGAUUAUUGUACGAUUUUAUACGUGUGUACAGAAAAUACUCGACUCUCUGAACUUGAUUUUAUACGAUUUUUACGUGUAGGUGAAUUUGUCCCGUUUCGUGUAUAUUUUUUGAUAGCAAAUUGUACCUAUAGUUGGCGUAUCGUUUUUCGGUUUUUAUUAAAAACGGGGAAAUAAACGUUUAGGAAAAUCGGGCACGAAGCCAAUAUACGAAAAUAACGGUUUUAUUUUUUUCGAUUUUUGCCUUUUCGUAGUAAUUAGCGGUCAAAAACAACCAUGCUAGAGAAUUAAAAUGUCUACAAAAUGUACUCGCAUUUUAGGUUUUACUGAACGCACUAAUACGUUCAAAACUAUAUGAAGAUUUUUAGGCUAUUUAAAGGCAUUAUAAAUGUUCUUUUCUCCUUUAAAAUUAUUGUUAUUAUUAUUAUAACCGCAGAGCUGUUAAGGUGAAUGUAGAAUAUAUUGAGACAUCAACCCCGUCGUCGGUUUGUAUAAUAUACAGUAAACAUUUUAUUAUACAGAAACGAUUUACACUAAAUAGUAAGAUUUUUCCUCAAAUGUACGAGUUAUACGUAAUUAAAUGCAUGAGGAUACUGUUCUAUUGUGUUUAAAAAAUAAAAAUAGAUAUUGGAAUAUUUUUGAGGUAUUACUCUCCGCUUAUCUGUCGUCAAACACAUGCGUUUAUGUUAAUAAAAGUACAUAUUUGUUAAUGAAAAUGAUAAAUACAAUAUUUAAUAAUGAUAUGCAUCAUUGGUUUUUUUUCUAGGUUGUAUUUCGGUUUCAAGUUAAAAAAAAUCUACGGUAGAAUAUCACAUUUCGAAAAAUAUAUUUAACAAAAAUUAUAAAAAAAACUGCCCUCUCAUUUAUAAUAUCAACACUAGUGAUAUGUUUUUUUAUCAGAAAAUUGUUAUCGUAUAAUAGAAUGAAUAUUUUCGACAAUAUAUUUUAACCAUCAUUCGUCGAUAUUUUCAUAAUUAAAAAUAUAAUAUGGUUUACCUUUGUAUAAAAAAAAAAUUCAAAAACGUGCUUUUUUAACGUUUAAACUAAAAAAAGAAAAAUAAUAUAUAUAUAUUUUUUUCGUCAUCUUCAACAAAUAUUUACAAUACGGUGACAACGAAGUUUCCAAGGAAAAAAAAACAUAAAAAUACUUAGGUGUAUAUACUCACACAAAAAUGAAUAAUUCCUUUUCUCGUCGUCGACGCAGAGCUUGAUUUAUAGAUUUCGGGUUUGGGUCAUUUUGAUACAAAAGAGGAGUCAUAAAAAAAAUAAAGUUCUCGUAAAUUAUCACAUCGAUUUUUUUUUUUCUUAAAUUAUUUGUUAAAAGAUACGAACAACAAAAAUAUAUCUCGUACAAACGCGACACGAGUUUACAUAAAACUCAAUAAUAUAAUAUUUGAACAAAAAUAUAAGGCCUGUCAAAAUUUGAGGUAGAAACCUAUACCUAUACACCUACAAGAAGGUAGGAACUGAUCUAAACUCAGUGUUUAAUUGUGUUGUAUUUGGUUUUUUUGGGAAUACAAUUUUUUAGUAUUUCAAAAAACGCUCGAAAAUUUGAUAGGCUGUUGACAAAUUGUUCUUAUGGCGAUAAACAAAUUUUAUAAUAUCAAAAAUAUAUAGUUACGAUUUAUUUCCGUUAGUGUUUUAAGAUCGAAUUCUAACGAAAAUCUUAAAAAUCACGGUAUUUUUUCUGGUAAUCUCGAUUUUGUUAAAAUUCAAUGAAAAACAAAAGAAAAAAACCUGAAAAAAUUUCUCCGAACACUUAUAAAAUUCAAACACCUAAUCUAUAUAUGUGCUAUGCAAUUUUCAAAAUAUUUCAUCGGUUUUUGAGUUAUCAACAGCUAUUUGAAAUGUUAAAGUUUUUAUGUUGUUUUUCGUUUUUAUAAAGACAAAUUAAUUUUAUAAUUUACUUUUAUACUGAAGAAAACGUAAUAAUCAAUUAAAACUUAUCAAAAUAUAUUCACCCAACUUUUCUCAGAAUUUUAGAUUUUCAAUGAAGUGAAGAACAUAUUAGUUUUAUUAUGGUGUUUGUUUUUGAAUUUUUCGUGGUGUGUAUUUGUUCAUAACUUCUACGAGAAAUCUUGUUCCAAUCUUUAAAUGUAGGAGCAAUUUUUCUGAAUAAAUUUUAUUUAUUUGGUGUAUUGAAGGGAUAAUUUUUUUUGAUUUUCCUUAUAGUUUUUUUAUUAAUUUGGAAAACGUAAAAAAAAUGAUGAAAUAAAUGCAGUAACAAUUCUUAAGUAGUAUUUACACGACGUUUCAAAAAUGUUCAACCGAAGUUCGUUCAAAAUUGUUAUCAAUGAUUUAUCGUUGCGUAUAAAUAUAAAUAAAAUAACUUUAUAUAUCAUACUUUCCCAACUUCCCAUCUUUAUUCUAUAAUCGUGGUACAUCCAUUAGAAUUAUCAGGUAUUUUUUAAGUUUUUUUUUUUUGUUUACUACGUUCAACAAUAUCCAUAAUACAUUGUAAAUCCCUAUCAAACAGACUUUAUCACGUGUACUUAUCACAGAUUGUGUGUAUAAUAAUACAUACACGAAAUAUCAUAUCAUUUAGUAAUCUCGAUAAAAAUAUACGUAAGAGGGUCCGAUGACGCUUCGGUUAUGAUCCCCGUAUAACUUAUCCACGACGUUUAAAUCCAAAACUGAAUUAUACCCGCUCAAAGGCUUUUUCCUCGUCGAGAUAUAAUAUUAAUACGAAACCGGGGGUUUGCUCGCGUUGACAUUAUAUUUAUCCGAAUAUAUAUUAUAUACCUAUAGUUGGUAGGUAUUAAAUAUUAUUGUUAACCGUUUUUCGAAUUCUUUAUCAAAGGCUUUUUUGUGCAUACGAGACGACUGGAUGGAAAGAGUAAUCUACCGAUUUCUAAAUGUAUACACGAGUACAACACAGGUAUACGAUACUUGAGAAUAUAAUAAUCGAAAAAAAAAAAUAAAUUUUCUAAUAUUAUAUGUAUUGGAUCGAUUGUGCGUAUCAACGCGGCGUAUGCGUUUGAAAACGAAUAUCACCGCGCGACACAUCAGACAGAGGAUUUCCGCUAAAAUGCAUACAAACCGAAUGAAUAAUCGAUGACCGACCCCCGACAAGAUGUCACCAAGACCCCUCUCAUCCAUGAAUAUAAAUAUGAGGGUAAUAUGCUGUUGACGAUCUUACAUGCGUUCUGUAUACUAUUAUACACGACUAGCUGAAUUACCCGGCGUUGCCCGGAAACAAAUUCGUGACAAAUUAGAUAACGCCAUGUAUUACCAUUUACCGUCUUAAAUUCAUAAUUAUCGAUAAUAUACAUAAUAACCUAAUAAAAUAGGAGUAUUGGUGUACGCGCGAUGCUUGAGAUUAUUUUUAUCGAUAAACUUCUCGGAACAAUUUUAUUCUCGGAAUCAUCAUUCUUAUCUGCACGACGACGACGACGAACAAAAAGGAUGGGUUGCAGGUAGCUGGAGACCCGCGGGCCGCCGUGCCGCACAAUACGUAGUGGCGGUGAAUAAUUAUAAUUGUUAAUUACUCCACUAAAACGCAACAUUUUUGAAAAACCCUCUUUAUUGCACGGUGAAAAUAUGAGAAGAACCUAUAUUCCAAAUUUCAAGUCCGUACGUUACGUAGUUUUUCAGAUACAGCGAUCAGUCGGUCAGUGGUAUUUGGAUUUUAUAUGUAUAGAUUGAAAACGGAAAGAAAGAAAAUAAUUAAUACAUUAAUAUACCUAUGUGUUUUGGUUCGGUAAUGCAGUGUCGGUAUUCUACCGACCGACCAACGACGAGACGUCUAUAGUACAAGUAGGUAUAACGAUGACGAAAAACAACAGGUAUAUAUAUAUAGAUAGAUAAGUGUAAUAAAUAAGCGGAUAUCGUAUAAGUAGGUAUUAUAUUGAAUGUGACUGUUUUUUUCAAUAUCGAUGCUGAAUAAAACGUUCGAGAAACGCGACGACGGCGUGCGUGCAGUUGUUUUGUGCGACAUCAUUUUUCCCCCUUUGUCACAUGCACUAGGCGCGACGACCGCAGUAUCGAAUAAUAUAUAUUCGAUUUUUAUUCGAAAAUACGGGUUAACGAUAAUAUCUAAACACUUUCAAAACGUUUAAACAUCGGAGAAAAAAAUCGAUAUCAAAAAAAAAUGUUACUUAACUUAUGCAUAGGUUAUGAAUAUACGUUUAGUAGAAAUAUAAUAAUCGUAGAUUUGUUUACUGGUUGAAGGUUGAUCCCUCGCCUCCCCCUAGACAAAGCUAGUUGUUGAAAAGUUAUAAACUUUUAAAUAGAUAAAGAUCAUAUUAUAUUUAUAAAAAAACAAUAAACAUGUAAAUCUGAGUUUUACAAAAGAGAAAAUUCGCAAAAAACAGUAGAUAACGAGUAAUUUGCUUUUUUUUUUUUAUUGAAAAUCCAUCAACAAUAAAACUGUUUUAAAAUGAUUAUACAGUGUAAUACAAAAAUUUGGAAUUUGAAAUAACUUUUUUUCUGUUCAAUUCCUCCAAAAACAAAAAUGUGAAAUUUUGUUCCCUAAUAAUUUCCCUUCGUAGCUUUGUUAUAUUAUUAUAUUUAUCUUUUUGUUAUACCAGAAUAAUUAUAUAUUUUAAAAUUAUCCUGUACUUAUGGAGGAAGGAAGUUGAUAGUAGAUACUCUCUACCUCAAACACCACCGUGAUUACGCUUCCAGUUAAGUCGUCUUUUUAAGUGGUAACUGUAACUGCCCCAUAAGAGUAACCAGUCCAGACCUGGAACUCAUAGUAAAGAUGUAUUUAGUGAGCAGUGACUAGUACCUAUACAAUCGGCGAUGAUUGAUUCGACGAAUGAUUUUAAGCUGCAAAAAAAAAUUUCAAAAUAUAAGGUAUACAUUGAGAGGUGGUUUUUAAAAGAUGUAUAGAAAAAUUAUUCUAACGAAUAGUGUAAUCAAACAUUGCGCGUAGACUAUGGAAAUUCAAAAUAAUGUAAACCCAGGUAUGGAGAUAUGAAAAAGCCGAUUUCUCCUCUCCUCCCCCAAUCACAAAUCAAUAUAUUAUUAUACUUGAGAAGUUUUAGACUCGAGGUACACACUAAAUAUUUCAGUUAGAUGAACUAGUAUUGAAAUGGAAUUUUCGGGGAAUGAUGGAGACUACCCAAAUACACAUUUUCAGACAUAUUUCAAAUUUUUAACCAUCUUGGUACACGCAUUGCGCACUACCACUUAUUUUUUUAAAAAUAUUAACACCAUUUUGUUUCUACAGAUUCGGAUAGAAUAUUUUUUUUAAAAACAAUUUUUGUUUAUAAAAUGUUUUUUCUAAUUAAAAAAUUUUAAUUUACGAAUAAUCUGUUAUUGACGAAAUUUUAACUUUAUUCAACUAAUAUUCGAAAUGAUAUCUUAGAUAUUUUGAAAUAACUAUUUGUAGAUAGAUAUAAAACACAAAAAAACACUUUUUUUUUCGUAAUUUACCCUUUUUUUUUAUUUAUGCUUCAGAAAAAAUUAAAGGUAAUGAAAAUUAUAAAAAUUUACACAAUAUGAAUUUAAAAUUAAAAUUAAUUUAUUUGCAACAAUAGUUUUAUUAAAUACAUUUUUCAGAGUUUCCGUCUUGGUGUUCCAAACAUGAUUCCAAACCUUUUAAAAAUUCUCCUGAUGCGCUACUCUUAAUUUGUUGUUUAUAUCUUGGACAUUAUUAGGAGGAUCCACAUACACAAUAUUUUUUAAAUGCACCUAUAAAAUGAACUGAAUUGUUUAUUUGUGUCUUAUCUGUCUACAAACAGGUAUUUCACAAUAUCAGAUAUAGCAUUUCGAUAUUUUAGUAUAAAAGUUGGACAUAGUUAAAAUUUCGUGAGUUACAGAUUAUUUGUAAAUAUUAAAUUUCAAAAUACUCUAACUUUGCCAAUUUUGAAAUUAGAAAUAAAUUUUUUUUAUACAAAAAUUGUUUUAAAAAAAUAAUCUAUCUAAAUCUGUAGAAAAAAAUGGUGUUGCCGUUUAAGAAAAAGUAAGUUGUAUUGCGCAUGCGCGAAUCAAAAGGGUUAAAAAUUUGAAAUUCAUCUUAAAAUGUGUAUUUGGGUACUUCCUAUUAUUCCCCGAAAAUUUUAUUUCAAUAAUAGGUCAUCCAACUGAAAUAUUUAAUGGUACUUCUUAGCGUGAACACACUUCAUAUUAUGAUUAUUUGAUGUUAUUACAAAAUACGCAAACUACUCUAUGGCACUUGUCACAAUAUAAUACGUUUUUUGAUUAAAAUUUAUGUUUUUUUCGCAUUCGGUAAAUUUUAAUCAAAUUUUAAUACGUUAACACGUAAGGAGCUUACGAGCUAUACGGCGCGCAUAUAAUCGGAAACUAACGAUAUUUUAUUAUAUUCUAUAAUACGCACUAUGAUUAUAUCCAAAAUAAAUUGUUUAUUAUGGUCGCUGUAAUAAAAAAUAUUAGUUAAUUAUUAGUUCGGCUUAAAGUUGAUUUGUGUAAAAACCAAGUGCUUUUGUAUAUUUUAUAAUAAAUAAUAACUAUAACUUUAUUACAAAACAAAGCAUUUGAUGAGAACAUUUGACAUUCUAAAUAGGUACAUGGCCUUUUUUUAUGUUUUGAAAAAAUACUCCGAUGCCGAAUUAUUGACCUACGGGGUCAUUCGAGGUUACACUAGGAGUAGUUAUUUUAAUUUUUUUUUUGUUAUAACACGUAUUAUAACUUGUAUAUAUUAUGCUAUAUUUAUAUGAAAGAUAUUUGAAUAUUUUAGCGGGCGUAUAUAGUCUUAUCAAUUUAACCCUUCUUGCUUUAUUAUAAUCGAACAAAACGUAAUAAAAUCAAUUUUGAAAAAUAGCAACUCAUUCCCUCGAUAAUUUUAUUAUAACGAAAAUGAAUUUUCGGCCGAUUUUAAUUGCAGUAUACAAAUAAUCGAAUUAUUGUUAGUCACGUUGUAUACUCGUUGAUAAUAAUAUAUUCGUUUAAAACGUGCGUCAACAGGAUUAUAAUAAACAUACUUAUAGGUAACUAUAUUCACAAAGAGUUAAAUUAAUUUUUCUUCCGAAAAUUUUGUUAAAAUGAAAAUUAUUAUUAUUAUUUUUUUAUUGUAAAACAUACUAUAAAAUUUUAAUAUAUUCGUAUUGUACCUAAUGACAUUGGUUUUUUUGUUUUUUUGUUGCUUACAAAAUAUAUAUUUAAAGGUCGAAAUUGUGCGACAAGUAUGCACUGUACAGUGUACACUAUACCUGGAUAGGCCAGCAAAAGUUUCGUCUAGUAUUUUUAAAUUUGUAUUUUAUUGCACGUGGCACCGCUGUAUUUUUCUUCGAUUUGAUAAACCAAACAAAAAUACGUGCAAUAUUUUUAAUAUUUAUUUUUAUAAUGUAUUUGAUUCUGAAUGGUGCGAAGAAGCGCUUAUGGUUUUACAAAGAAGUUAAUUUUAGAUUCUGAGUGUAGUGAAGAAUAUAUUGGUUUUACUAAGAUGUUUUUUUUUUUAAUAUAUAUAUAUAUAUAUAUACUGUGUACGAAAAUUCUGCUCAGAUAUAUAUGCGCGGCACUAUAUCUGAAAAACCCGGGAAAAACGGCAAAAUCGGUACAAUAUUAAACAAAUAUUAUUAAAUAAAAUAUAUAAUGAAUAUAUAAUUAUUUUAUCAUAAUAUGACAUAUUUAUUUAUUUAUUUAUUUCGGGACUAGCCCAGAUUACAAUGUACAUAUUUAGUAUUUAUACAAUAAAAUAUAAUAUAACAAAUAUUAUAUAUUUGUUAUAUUAUAAUAUAUACCAUAUAUAUAUAGAAUAAUAAAAUUUUAUGAAAAUUAAUUAAAAAGUUAAAUCAAAAGAAGGGUCGGUAUUAGCGGUGCACAUAAGACGGAUAAUUGGAGAAUGGAGAAGGUAAUUAGAUGAAGAUAAAAGGAUAUGGAAUGGGAUCGAUGAAAGUGUACGAUGGCAGGGAACGUUAAAGGUGAUGCGGGAUUGUUAACAAAACAUCACUAUCAACUGAGCUGCGUUUAGAAUUGUUUAUUCGUUAGUAAUAGCUUAUAAUUAUCUAUAACAGUAGCUGCACCCAUCUCCAUUAAUCUAGGACGUCGGUUUUUAAAUGUAGCACCUUUUCUGAAAAGAAACUGGACUGUUGAGGUACUUUAGGGAGGUUACUUUUUUAUUUUCCCAGUUUGUUCAACAAAUGGGGAAACUGGGAUAAAACAGAGGAAAAAAAGGAAAAUUACAAAAUAUAGAUGUAAGUUGAAAAAUAUUUCGGCCUUUUUUUUUCUACCAGAAAUUUUGCUCCGGUUUACAAUGAUAGCACUUUUGUAUGUAUUAAAAGAGUAUUUUAUUAAUAAUUAUUUAACAUAUUAUUGAAUCUAUUAGAAUAAUUAAAAUAUUUGGGAAGAACAUUUAAUGAAGGUUCAAUUUAAUGGAUAGGUUCAACUUGUAUAAUCUAGACGAAAUACGGUGUGAAUCACUACCAAUAAACAUCAAAAUACUUUUGGUUUAAAAACUAAUGACUUAUAUAAGUGACUUAAUUACUUAUAUAGUAACCAAUAGGUAAUUCGGUAAAAGGGAGACUUAUUUAUUUUAACAAUUUAUUGUAAUCAGGACAAUACUAAGAUGUCCUAAUAUUAAUGGAACUACAUGCAAAUAGACAUUUUAUGUAUUUUGUACAAGGGUCUGUAGUAAUGAUGCACAACCUUUUUUGAUCCACGACCCCCAAGAUUAUUUAUUUUAAUGAGACCCCCUUCCUACCAACAUUAUGUAAGUGUAUAAUAUAUACUUAAUUAACAUGGUUUUAAUGUAUAUAAAAAUUGUAAUCAUAUACAUUAAAUCGUUAGUAUUUCUGUAAUUUAGUUAAUUCAAAACAUAAACAAUAAUACAAAAUUAGAGUUUUAUAAAAUCUGAAAUAAAAAAAAAAUUCUUGAAAUUGUUAUAAUUAUAAUCAACAUUUUAAUAUUUUUAAAAUUAUAAAAUUACUCAGUAUUACAUAAUUUAAUGAGCACCAAAGCACCACUAAUUGCGCCUAUGGGGAUGUAGUAAAUAAUAAUCGUGGUUCAUGAAUAAAUCGUUUUUCUGAAAGGAAAUCUUACUAAGAAGGUACUUUAGGGAGUUCACUUUCUGAUUUCUCUUAUAGGAAUUUUCUCAAAAAAUGGGGAAAACCAGGAUAAAACACGGGAACCCGGGAAAAAUAUAGGAAAAACGGGAAAAUCGGUACAAUAUUAAAGAAAAUAUAUAAUGCCUAUUUAAUUAUUUUACCAUUAUUAUAAUAUAUGUCAUAUAUAUUGUUGACAAAUCAUUACUAUCAACUGAACUCCGCUCAGAAUCGUUUUUUCGUUAGCAAUUUAUUUAAUGUAAGCAACGAUAAAUAAAUAUAUAUAUAAAUUAAAUUCUCUUCUAUAUUCUACCUUCCCAACUUUCCACCUAAAACAGUGGCUGCACCCACGUGCAAAGUAUGUCCAUCUUUUUUUUUGAAAUUCAUUAAAACGUGAAUCAAUUUUGCUAUUCAAUAUGAAUUUUGUUAAACCGUAUACUAAAACAACACCCCGUAUAUAUGGUUAUCGCUGCAUUUUUAAUAUUUAUUCAUACCUAUAUAGUACUUUAUGGUCUUUAUGUAAAAAACUCGGCACAAUGCGUGCAUCUAUAUUUUAUAUCCAUCAUUGUUUGCUUAUCGUAUGGUACGUGAAAAAUAAUGGUUUUAUUCACGCAAUAUUCGAUCACAAUAUAUAAUCGCAUGUAUGGUAGGUGGGUGGAUAUGGAUGACGCACACAAGUGCGCAACUCGGAAAAAUCCGUUUGCGGUCACACAUUCCCAAGUCUACGCGUAAAUGGAACGUGUAUACCUAUAUACCGUCGUACGUGUGGAAACUGUGGUUGGUUUUAAGGGCUCAAAGUACUUCAAAAGUGUAAUUGAAAACAACGAGUGAAAUUCUCAAAGCUGAGAAAUAAUAAUACGAGACGCGCACUCCUCCGAUUAUAUAACAUUCGCAACUCAGUCUCGCGAGAAUGUUAACGCGCGAGAAGAAAUAUGUAUUUGCAAGUAAUACUGUACUUGUAAUGUCAAAACAAAUAAAAAGUUAACCAAAAAAAAAAAAAAAAAUGAUUUUUAUAUUUUUUUUUAUUAAUUCUUGGACGGGGCUAAACAAAUUUUUACGAUUACAACGAUAAUAAUCCGUACAAAUAUUUAUCGAUCAAAAACGAUACUAUACAAGUGUUUAUGGACAUAAUAAUAAUAAUAAAAAACGAACAAUUCCAAAUAGUAGACCUAAUAUACGGACACUUUCCCUUUGCGUACGGCCGUUAAAAUGAUAAAAUUUAAUAUUCUCAAAAUAAAAAGUUAACCAAAAAAAAAAAAAAAAAUGUUUUUUUUUUUUUUUUUUUUUUUAGUGCGUAUACCUACUCGGUGAAUUUAAAAUAACUUUUUAUCUCUAACACUUGCCGUUCUGACCUAUACAAAAAUUAUUGUUUUCGUCAUACUUAUAACGUUUAAUUAUAUAUAUAUAUAUAUAAAUUAAUUAGGAUAUUUUUUAUGCACUUUCAUGUUAUUAUCAAUUGCUAACUCACAAUAGUGCAAUGAGUUUCAUGACCUAACGAUUCUAUAUUAUACAAAAUUAUAUUUUACAUACUUUUACAUAAGUUUUCGAAUUUUUAGGACAUAUUUUAAAGAUUUUGUACAUUAUCAUUUUAUUAUAUAUUUUUUGUUUUUACUGUAUUCUGGUGUUUUGGCUUUUAGUGUAUAUCUGCAUACAUAGAUAAUAUACAUAAAGGUUUUUAGUGCAUAUAAAUAUCUGAACUAACAAUAAUACUUACAUACACUAUGUAAAUUACGCUUACUCUUCUAAGUCUGUCGAAUAGGUACAAAAAACAUAUACGGUAUAGUAAUGCUAUUUAAGUUCAGUUAUAAGGUUUAAAAGUAAUAGUUAAUUAUGUUUUAUAAUUAUAGCCGUACGUCACACACUCAAUUUUUGUAAGGUAGAUUUAGGAAUUUCAACAAUACCGUUUACGAACAAAUGAAAACUUGUAUCGACUCAAAAAUAUUUAAAUUCACUUACGUAACAAUUUACAAGUAGUAUCCAUCAUACGUAUUAAGUAAUUGUUAUUUAUAGUGUAAUUAAUAAUUACUAAUUAUGAAAAAAAACCUCACGAUUAUAACAAAAAAAAAAAACAGAUUUUAAUUUAUUAAAAUAUUUUUAAUUUUUUCUUCAAAACUACAGACUAUUGUGUCUGUUAUAUAAUAUAUAAAGGCUGUCACAUGAAGAUAUACCUCUUGAAUAACUCCGGAGAUAAUAAAAAUAAUCAAAUUAUGUUUUUUGUAUAUUACUCACAGAUAUAACAACAACACGUAUUUAUUUUUAAAUUAAACAUUUUUUUUAGUAAAAAAAUUAAGUUUAUUUUAUUAUUUUGGAAAAUGUUAAGAUAGCCAUUUUGUAGAGUUUCUUUUCCUGAAAAUUUUAAUGUAUCACACAUUUUCAUCCAAUGAAUAGUUUCUAAGUAACAGCCGUUUUAAAUUCUAAAUAAAAUAAAAGUUUAUUUUUUUUACUAAAAAAAAAUUAAAUUUAAAUAUAAAUAUUUGUAGUUCUCGUCCCUGUGAGUAAUAUACAAAAAACAUAAUUUGAUUAUCUUUUUUUAUCUCCGGAGAUAUUCAAGCGGUAAAUCUUCGUGGGACAACCUGUAUAUUUCUUCUCGUUACUUUCGGGCACUUUUAGCGGAUACCUCUGGACCAAAUGAGCUCAAACUCGUAAAUUAGAGUUUUUUUUUUUUUUUUAUAUAGCCGAUGUAACCGGAAUUAUUUACUCCCGUGAAAUUUUACGAAAUAAGUUAUAAUAUUUAAUUGAUAUUAUGUCGUAAUGAUUGACUAGUAGCUGCUGCCAGUAUAUAUUCUUAUUAGUCAUAAUAUAUUGAUUUUUAAUUUAAAAAAAAAAAAAAAAACAUCGAUACGAUAAUGGAGAUACCGCGGUUUAUCCAGAAACGAAGUAACAUUAAAAAUUACAAUAACAGUAAUCAUUAAAAAAAAAAAAAAACUCUACAUUAAUUAUUGUUAUAUUAUGAAAAUACCACUUUAGACACGUACAUAUAUUUUAUCGUUAGUGUUUAUACCUAAUCUGUGUUCGACUAACAAAAGUACAAUUCCGAUUACUAACGUUCUUAAUUCCACAUAUUAAUCUCGUAUAUUUUUUUACCGAUAAACUGUAUAAACAAUAUACGCGUGUAGACACCAAAAACUUAUUUUGUAAUUUCUAAAUAAUUUCCAUUGAUUUAUGAGACCGUGUAAAACAACUACCUAUAUAGAUAAUGUUAAUUAAAACUGUUUUAUUUUUAACAAUUGACGUAAUUAAAAAAAUAGGUACUGAUGCACAUUAUUAUAAUAAUAUCACGAUGAUUAGAGUCCGGAUGUAUCUAUAUAGGCAUUUUUCACUUUUUUUUUUUUUGUAUUGAUCAGAAACGAAAUAAUAUAUUAUAGUGAGUACGUGACCAACGUCAGACAUAGAGAUGUGGGCUCAGUAAAUUUAUCCGGUAAGGUAAAUUGUUUACCGAUUAAAAUCAAGUGACCCAUCAUUUCAAUUGGUUAUUUUUUUACACGUAAUAACUUUUGAUUUAUACAUCAAAUUAUUGUUUAUUAUUAAUUAUUGUUAACUAUUAUUAUAUAAUUAUAUGUAUUUAUAUUAAUAUAUAUAUUUCAACAUUCAACUUGGUAACGCUGUCAACAUGAUAAAUAUUGCUAAAUACUGCUACUACAAGAUCAAAUCGGUUUUUGUCUCACUCCACGUCACGAUUCCAUUUCAAACAGUAUACGAGCGUACGUUAGUAUAUAUUCCAAGUGUAUAUUAUGUAAUUGGAUUUCGGUUUUAGAAAGAAAAAAAAACUAUUUGAAUUAUUAUUAAUUAAAAUAUUAUAACAUACUAUAACAAUCUCACAAUAUACAAAACGAAAAUUAAAAACAUAUGUACUUCAUGUGUUUUCAAUAUAUAUAUACGAUAUUUACGUUGAGCGAGAAUUAAAAAAGGUAUGAAUCUGUUUUCAAAAUUAUAAUUGUCAGAUUGCGUGAUACAGAGUCUGGUUAUAUUACGAUUAGAAUGUCAUUAGAACUCGUGAUGAGAUGUUUUCGACCAAAACUACGCAGGUCGGUAAUAUGAUCCAGAUAAGGAAUUAUAGGUAGGUGCACUGUUGUAUUAAACAAAUAAUUACAAUCGUCAAAUUUCACAAUGAGUUUUUUUUUAAGACAAUAGUAUUAAUUUUUUUUUUUUAUAUUUGUUACAACAUCUGAAUAAAACAUAUUAUUGUUAUUACGAAAACCCUAUAAUAUUAAUUUUGUUUAUUUUCGUUGUGUAAACUCGUAAAAAUACGUUAAUUUUACCAGUUUGAAAUCGAUAAUAUUCUACGUGAAAAAAAAAAUGGUACUUUUUUUCUUAUUUGGUAAUUUUCAUUCGUAUAAUAUAAGAACAUCGCUCAUUAUAAUACGUGCCCCCUCGAAUAAUAACGCGAAAAAACGGACGGCUGUACCUUAAAGUUAAUGAAUUAUUUAAACGCAAACAAACGGUUAGGUAUAUGUGUAUAAUAUAGUCACGGAGGCACUGCAGGUCUGUCAAAACUCAAAAUAUCCAUUAAAAGACAACCGUCUCUUAAAUCACCUCUAUCACCCCUCGGCAAUUCUUGUGUUAUAUAUAUAUAUAGGUACUUAUUGUAAAUAAUUUCGCGAGCUUAGGUCGCGACAUCAUUGUCAUUAUUAAAGAUAAAGUAUUAUACAUACCUCACCACAUACCUGUAUCUACUCGGAUGAAAUACCUACGACGUAGAUAAGUAGGUAUAUUAUAAUAAUUGCUGCAGUCCGCGUAGUCGUAACUUGGGGGUUGGGGGGUAGAUUUGUCGUAUACGACGUAUUCAAAUCGUUUUAAAAAUAUUUUUAUCAUCAUGUCUCUCGGCCGUUGGGGCAUUUUCAGUACCUAGGUAAUAUUAUAAUGCCGGAAAACAGUGUCCGAAUAUAAUAGAAGCAUAUAAGAAAAGUUCUUUUCCGGUUACGAUGGCGAGGAGAGAGUAGAGUGACCGCCGAGUAUAUUUACUGCAGCGAAUUCCUUGGGGACGAAAUGUUCGCGCACGCGAUUACCGUGUGUACACUGUACACAUAUUAUUAUUUAUUUCUCUCUCUCUCGUAAUGUGGGUAUUUUGAGUCCGUAAUCGUCGAUAUAAUAUACGCCCAAAAAGCGAAUUAAAUUAGCGUAUAUAUGACUGCACGUGCGCGAUUAUGAUGUUAUUACAAUAGGAAAAUAUGCAAGUGCCGCCGGUAUAAAUAGUAUAAUAUAGGUGCCUAUAUAGUGCAAAAAAAAAAAAAAAAAAAAAACGGCCGAUACUAAUGAUGGGUGUGCCACGGUUUUGGGAGGACAGUUCGAAGGGAGAAUAUAAUAUAGAGUAAUUUAAUUUAUAUCUGUUAGCAUUAAUAAACCAUUGCUUACGAAAAGCAAUUCUGAGCAGAGCAUAUUUGUUAGUCGUUUUUUUUUCCGCCAGUGUUCCCGAGUCUAACCCGGAAAUCAAUAAAAAUUAUCCGAAAAAUUGUCAGUUUUUCACGUUUGUAAUGAUGGAAAAUCGAAUAAUAGUGAUGUCCAGAAAAUUCCAAUACACUUUUUGAUCGGAGCGAGAUUUUUGAUAGAAGAGUAAUUUAAUGUCACAAAUAAAAAAAAAAAUGUAUCAUAGUAAAACCAAUACAUUCUUCGUUCACUCGGAAUUUAAAACGUUAGACUUAACAAGAUUUUUUUCGGGCGUAUAUUGGAAAUGUUCAUGAAAUAUGUCUGUCAAGCAUAUUAGUAUAAUGUUUAUCAGUGUAGAUACAUUUUGGACGGAAGAUUAAAAAUAUUAAAACUAUUUAAAAAUAAAAAAAAACCCCUAUGAUGCAUAUAAGUAUAAUUAUGUGUAUCUAUUGUAAGUUUUUGGCUAUACUUACCUACUUAUCCUACCUAUCUACUUCAGUAUAUUUUUUUUACAUUAUACAUUUUUGAUUCUGGUUUGAGUGGGCGGGAGCUAUAUAAUUAUAUUAAGAUGUGUUUUUUGUUCUACUAUUAUUAUUUAAAAUACUAAAGAAACAAAAUAUGGCGCACAUUAAAAUAAUAUUCAAAAUGACAAUAUUAGGAAUAAAAGAUAGUAUAACUGUACUACGAAUACCAUGAAAUUUUGUUGAAAGUGAAUAUAAACAUCACGACACAUUUUCAGUGACUUACUCAUAUUUUUUAUAUUUAGAUUAAAAAAAAAGCCAUCUAUAUAUACAUAUAUAUAUUAUAUAUGUAUAUUACGUGUUAUAAUAGAAUUCUAUUAUUAUAAUAAUAUAUUAUUAUUUACAAAUACACUUUGUACUAACACGAUUGCAUUACUUUAUACGUAUUAUAGGUAAUAAUAUUAUACCACACCAACAUGCAGUAUUUUCAAUAUUUUUCUGAGUUUUGUAUACCUACCUACGUGUUUGCGAUAUUUUAAGGUACACAUACGCGCAAAUGGUUUUAUUUUGAAUUAAAUUAUUUAUGUAUAUAGAUGGCAAAAAUAUAAUAUUUAUUACGACAAGAAUAUUCGUCGAAUAUAUUAUUAUGCUGAACAAUAUUUUAUACGUAUUUGCAUACAAUAAUCAAUAAACAAUUAUAUUUUAAAUUUAGUACAUAAUUUUACUUAUGAAAUCAAUUUUUAUGGCAACGGAAUUGUACAAUAUCUCAUAAUGAAAAACUAAAUCGAGACCGACCGUAGUAUGGUGAUAAAGAGCUACGUAUACAUAUUAUAGUCAAAUUAUUUGGGAACUCAAAUAACACUAUUACAACAAUAAUAGGUAUAAUGUUAGGUUUUAGGUACACGUAUAAUGUCAUUGUUUUUGAAAUGUGUUUAAUUUCUAUGGUCGAAAAACGUUUAUUUUUCAUGCAAAACUGCAGUCCAAAUUAUUGUAAUAAUCUUAGACGCAAAUAAUUUUCAGAGGAGGCUUCAGCACUCCAUGUUUUUGGUCAAAUAACUUACGUACCUAUAUACUUGGCAUUAACUUAAUGGAGAUUUGGCUAACUCCCCCCCUUUAAGAUAUAUAUCCUUUGUGUGCGUAUAUUUAUUAUUAUAACAAUAACAUAUAUAAGUAUUUGUCUCUGAACGACUAAGAUUUAUCAUAAUAAAACAGUAAUAGAAUUAUGGUAUUUAUUUACUUGUAUUAAAAAUAUCUAGUAGUUAAUCUUCGUGAACCCAUCCGCUAGCUAUUAUACCCCCGUGUAUAAAUAUAAUUUUUUUUUAAUUUGUGAAAAGGUUUCAAUUAAUACUCCAAAUAUUAUGAAGAGAAUUAUAUUAAUUUCUUGUGUAGAAUAUAUAAAGGCAUAUAGGUAAGUAAACUCUACAAUUAUUUGAAUGCAUUUUUUUUAUAAUCCCUAUAAUAUUCAUAUUUUUUUUUUUUUUUUAAUAAUACGCACAGUAUAGUUACAUAGUAUAUAUAAGUGUAAAAUUUACAGAUCGUCACACAUUCUCACGACUGUCAUAUAGGUAGUAUAGUAACCGCAAGAAUUUACUGAUCACAAUAAUAGUUUUGUUGAGAUGAUUCUGAUGAUUAUAAAUUACCCGUAUAAUAUAUUUUUAAUCAAAAUACGAAAAGAAGGCUAGAUAAAUUAGUUAUUUUUUAGAUUCAAACAAAAAACAAGUUUGCAUUUAGGUUAGUUUCGGUUAAAAUAAUAUAUUAUUCUCUCUUGGUGACACUAAAAUUAACAAUACAAAAAAUACGAAAAUAUAAUUAUUUAGCUAGUUGAAAUACUUGUCGAUCUUUUAAUUUUACGUUUACAAAAAAAAAAAAAAAAAAAAAAAAAAAAAAUGAAAAAUAAUACCUAAUAAUAAUAUUUUAUUUAUUUACAUAAUUUUUAAUUUUUUUGAACAAUAUUAGGCCUCACUAGCUAAGGAACCUCGUGUAGAAGGGUUAAAUUUAAAUGCCUUUUCGAAUAGUUGGUUAAAUUACUUGAACAGUAAAUUAUACGGGGAAUUUUAUACAGAUGAUAAAAUCGAAACAAUAGUAAUAUUUAUUGCUCGUAUAAAUAAGUAUACGAUAUUGAAUCAUAUCGAACAAUUAUCGUUAGAGUAUCGAAAAUGAUAAAAAAAAAAAGGCGGUUUAAUAAUCGAAACGACCAUUUAAAAUAAUAAAAUCGAUUUCUGUUGUUCUACGGUUUUAUGGUAAUUUACACAUAUAAAAUUAAAAAAACUUAAGGUUACUGUAUAACGAUUAUUUAUUUUUAUAUUAUGAUACGUAGAAAUAUAAGCAUGAUAUUAUACAUAUUAUAUUAGUGAGAAAAAAAUUUGUGUUUUAGAUUAAUCUUAGGUUUUGAUUUGGAAAUUAUUGUAUAAUAUGUUAUUUUUUUCUUCUUCUAAGGCAUUUUAAAAACCAUUCAGGUCCAUCGCUACAACAACAACGUCCCUCCACUUCUCCCAUACCCAUGACGCUUACUCUACUUUCUCCCCACCAAUCAUCCUGAGGUCUUCCUUGACUCUACCAGCCUACCGUUGUCUGGGUCGUACUCUGUGCCGUUUUGUGCUCGAUUGGUUUCCAUUUUGUUAUAUUAUUCCAACAGAUCUCCAAACAUGACCGGCCAAUCUUAUUCUACUACUCUUUAUGAUUCCUAUAAUAUUGGCUUCUCCAAAUAAUCUCUUCAGAUUUUGAUUUUUCCUAACUUCAAAUUCACCUUCUUCAUUAUGUUUUGGUCCAAAAAUUGUCCGAAAUAUUUUGCUUUCAAAAACACCCAAUUUCUUCUCAUCCAUUAUGGUGGUUACCCACGUUUCACACGUACAUAAUGCUAUGGGUCUAAUUAAAACUGUGUAAAAUAUCAUCUUUGAUCUGGUUGAUACAGGAACAGAUACAGAGAAGCCCCUAGGAUCCCAGGCCUCCAGAUAUAUUAUUUCUCCGAUUUUUGUACGAGAACUGUAUGAAAAAAUAUUAAACAAGAUGUUUUAUAUUAUAUUUUAAUUAUAUUUGUAUUGUAAACAAAUUGUUGAAUCCCCCCCCCAGAUAUUUGCUCUAGAUCCGUUACUUGAUUUGAUAUAGUAUCUUAUUAAAUUAUAAAAAAAAUAGUAAAAAAAAAAAAAUUACUAAUAGGUUUAAAAUCAUUAUUAUUUAAAGACAUUUAAAUACCUACAAAGAUUAUUUGUAAAAUAAGUUUCAAACUGACGUAAAUAUAAUAGCUGCUAACAAAAAAAUUAAAACAAAGUCGGUUUUUUGACUUCACGACGGGGUUGUAUAUAUCCAUAUCUAUUAGUAUAUUUUAUUUUCAUAUUAGGGGCUCGGCACAGUGCUGGUUUUCCAAAUUGUCUCAAAUUUUGUCAAAUUUAAAAAUUAUUUUAUAAUUACUACUUUAAAAAUGGGAGUUUAACACUAAUCUACUGACAAUCAUUUAAAGAAAGGGGUACGGCCAUUUUUACGACCGCAAAUGACUUUGUGAGGAUUGAGAUAACUUAUUGUGAAACUAAUAUUCUUUUUCUAUUUUUUUAUUUAUUUUUUUAUUGAUAGAACAAAAUUCUACAGACCGAAUUUAACUCCGAUUUUUCAUUUUCUUUUAAAUACUGUUAUAAAAAACUUAGUUAAAAAAUAUUUACAUAAACCUUUUUUAAAAACAUAUUAUAAAGUUUUAAAUGGAAAUAUUGAAAGACGAAAUUCAAUGCGAUCUUCCUGUUUUCACCACAAAAAUAAUCAUCGAAAUCAGACCACUUUAUACGAGGCAUGAGAGAUUUUUCCGUAAGGCAUGUUUUUAAGCCAAAAAUGCGCUGGCACCGGGCCCUAUCAUAAAUAGUUUCCAAGUUGUAGAAUUUACACAGUUCUUUGAUCAAGGGAAGUAUAUAAAAAUUUAAUAUACGAUUAAAAGCAUGAUAAAGGUGUUUCCUUUUUACUCGUAAGAAUCUCGACUACUAUAAUUUAAAAGACCUACAUUAUUAUUUACCCGGUAAAAUUUUAAAUUAUAUUAUUGGUAUAGAAAAGCGCUGCAGCAAUCGGGUAAUUUCAAGUGAAUAUUGAAUUUUUUAAUAAGUUUAAUAAAAUGAACUUUAUAUUUAAUAUUUUUUUUUUUAUCAUAUAAAUUAUUAAAUAGAAAAAAAAAUUACUUUGAUGAUAACUGUAAAUUAAACACACUUUUACGUACUUUCGUAUGCAGGAACAUAUCGUUAAAAAAAUUGUAUCUAAUGUUUGGAUACACAAUAAUAUGAUGGAAAAAAAGUUAAAAGCUUCAUUUGAAGUGAAAAUAAACACUCAAAUGAUAGAAUAUAUGGUUUUGUUUCAGGAUUUUUAUGUUUGAUAUUUAUUAAUUUUUUUUUUUUUUUUUGCGUUAGUAAAUGAAAGAGCGUCUUAUUUUACCAUUUGAUUUGUACAAAUAACGAUUUCUAUACUAUAUACAUUUUGUGUACUAGCGUUAUAUAAGAGUAUUUAUAAUAUUUUUUUGAAGGGUUGUUCAAUCAUCGUUUUCGUAGAUUUCUUUUUUUUUUAUUAAGUAGUAAUGUUUUUCUGAAAUCUGAUCAACUUUAACUUAUAUAUAUAUAUGUUAUAUGUUAUAACUGUAUAUAUAUAUAUACAGUUAUUUCAUUUAUUUAUUGUAGCUGACUGAUUUACUAUUAUAUUAACUAAAAGCAUUUUAUACGGGCGUUAAUAUUAAGUAGACAUUUUUCGGGGAAGAUUAUUGGCUUAAUACCUAUAUUAUAUAUAUGCUCAUUAAACUUAUGCGAUCAAUCGUUUUGUUGGAUUUGUUAAAGUUUUACGAAGCUUAACAUUAAUACUAACUCUAUAUAGUACCUACUAUAGAUUCAAAUAUUAUUAGACGGAUUGCAUUUCCGACGGGGUUGACGUUGAAUAUAAAAGCAAACGAUUUUAAUGUCUAUCUAUAGCAUUAUUUAGUUGUUCAUUUAAAAUUAUUUUUAUUUUUACCAUACCUCAUAUCUUUCAUUGUAUAAUAUGGAUAUAACUUGAAAUACAACUAUAUUUAUAAUAUUUGAUUUUUUAGAUAAUAAAGUAAAUUAUUAACCAAAAUAUUCGUGUGAUUAAAUUAACUAAAGUUAAUUUAUGGUUAUUUCAAUUAUAGCAACUAUUGUAAACAAAAUUCCAAGUAUCUAAGUAUAAAGUGUAAUCAUUUUUAUUAAUCUUUGGAUGAUUUAAGAAAAAAUAGAAACUUCAUAUACGAAUUUAAGAUUAAACCUAUAUUACGAGAACAAAUAUAAUGCAAGCUCAGAUGAGCUUAUGAAAAUGCAAUCAAUUUUUUAAGUUUUCAAACUAAAAAAAACACAUUUAAUAUCGUUUGAGAAUUACAAAAGGUAUAUCAUAUUAUAUUAUAUUCUUAUUUUUCCCCCGAGAAUACAAAAGAUCUAUAGAUACUAACUGGGUACCUAACCAAUACUGUUGUACGUUCGGCGCGUCAUUUGAAAAAUAAUAGCUCUCUGUGGGGUUGCUUCAAAUAAAACCAUCAGAAAUUCAAAAACGAACAUUAAAAUGAAUUUUAAUGUACAAAUAAAAUUGUAAAUAAAAAAUAAAAUGAUUUUUAAAAGUUUCAAGUUAUAAUAAAAACAUUCAAAAAUAUUUCGUCGACAAUUAUUAUCUAUUGCUAAUUAUUAACUAAUAAAUUAGUUAUCUAUUAUACUCAAACAUUUGUUUAAACAAAUUUUUACAAUUUAGUUUUUUUUUAUAAAAAAUAAUUUUCCUAAUUCGUAGUUUUCGUUAUUAUAAAGAAAAUAAAUUUGAAAAAUAAAUUAUUAUCUAAUAAUUUUUAUUCACUCGUUACAAUAAACAUAAAUAUAUUAUGAACAAAGAAUAGUAAACAAAAAUCAAGCCAUAUUUACAACUAGAAAAAAAAAACAAAUCUUUGUAUGACUACCAAUAGCUUUUUCAUUUGUACUCAGAAUCUAAAAUAAAUAAUUUUUAUUAUAAAAUAAAAACUCAUAUUGUUAAAUAAAAUACUAAAUCAUUAUAUUUUAACUUUAUAAACUCUUCAAUAGUAGCUCUAAUUUUUAAGUCCAACAUAAUUUUAUCAAAGAUAUGCAUUUAUUUUUAUUAAUAGUAUAAAAUAAGCCUUAGAUAGUUAGAUAUUAUAUUAUAUUAUUAUAUUUAAAAAAACCAAUACAAAACACCUUUUUUAUUUAUAAAAUUCUAAUUCAUUUUCGUGAUUUAGAGCAAAUAAAAUUAUCAUUUCAUAAGUAUAUUAUAUUUUAGCUAGUAUAAAAAAAAAUUGUUUAUUGUGAAAUUCUUCUACUUAGAUUACAUGGAUAUUAUGCGCUUGGUAUUAUAUCUAUGUUAUCAUCAAUAAUAAAUUACUGUGGGUAUUUUUACGUGACCGUUCCGAGUUCAAAAUCAAUAGUUGUAUAGGGUGUAGAACGUUCGGUUCUCAUCAAAAUUAUCGAAAAUAUUAUUGACGGUGAAUGAAAAAAAACCGAUAGUAAAAACCAUAAUAUACAAGUAUUCGUAAUAGAAUUUUAUAAAUGACAUUUUGGUUAAUAAAUCUCAAAUAAUUAUUAUAAGCAGCUAAUAUUAGGUAAUACAUAGGUAUAAAAGGUAUAUAAAUAAAUAAAUUGAAAAAUACGUGUAUUGGUUAAUUCAAAAAUUAAAUUAAAAAUAGUAUAUAUCCUUAUAUUAACAUGGUAACCUGAUAGAUUAUUUUUGUCUGAUUAAAAUAAAUCAUUUUCAUGUAAGUAAAUUAAAUAGCCCUAUAUGACGUAUCCUACCUUACUAACGUCCUACCUAGAACAGUGGCACACCUAUUUACAGUUUAUAAACUCUCGAAAUUAACAUUGAAAACAUUUUGAUAUGUACUGUUUUAUUUGUAAUCUUUGAUGAGAAGGCCAAAAAAAAAAAAAAAAAAAAAACCUUACUAAUAUUUGUUCGUGAAUUAGAGUGAAUUUAUCAAAUAAUUAUAUUUUAAACUCAUUGGAAAACAUAUUAAGCGAUAAAGCCCCGCAGUACACAUUAAUAAGCACUUGGGAUAUCUAAUACGGAUUUUUAAACGAUAAAAUGCAGCAACAAAAAAAAAAAAAAUUGUUUUACUAUUAUCAAAACAGAUUAAUUUUCGUGUUCGUGUUCACAAAAAAUAAGCAAAAUCGAUUAAUUUAAACGACUUAUCGAUGUUAAAUGAUGACAUAAAUAUUGUUCUAAAUACUAAUUCAAAUCAAAAUUUAAUCAGAUAAUCAGAUGUAAUCUAUGAAUACCGCUAAAUGAAUAUCAAGAAUAAAUUGUUGGGAGCUGAAUAAUGGCUGUAAUAGAAAAUAAAAGAACUCAAACAAGUCAAAAGUGACGGGACAGGUUUUAUAAAACUUAAGUGACUUUACAAAAAUAAUUACAGGUUCUUCUUACACACUCUUGAAAUUUAACUUAAACUCCGUUGAUUAAUAAGAAAACAAGAAAAUAUAUAAGUUGAAACACUAAUAAAAGUUAUAAGGACAUAUUAUAUUAUAUAGUAUUUACUUGUACAGUUUCAUCAUACUUUUUGACGAAUAACGAAUUCUCGUCCAAGUUCGUACGGUUUAUAAGUAUAAGACAGUUUUUUUUAUUUAAAAUACAUUUUUACUUAUUAAUUUUAUUUUAUUUAUGUAUAAUAUUUUUUAAAUACUAUAAAUAUGUAAAAUGCAAACAAUUUCGUAAAUUUAAGCUUUCAAUUUAAAAGUUUAAAUUUAAACAUAUUAUUAAUAAUAUCAUUUAUUUCGUGAUAUUAUAUUUUAGAUUCUGAGCAUGGUGAGGGAGCUAUUGGUUUCACUAAAAUGAUUAUUUAUUAUUUUUUUUCUAAACUAUGGACACGUUUUUUCCUAGUAAAAUUGCUUCAAUUUUUACCUAUAGCAACUUUUUUGAAAGCUUUAGUUGUCUAGAAGUCAUUUUUUGAUUUUUGACGCCAUUUUCGAAAUAAAUGCACUUAACUGAGGAAAAACGUAGGAAAACGUACAAUUUCAUUGUUCAAUUUUCAUUUUCAACGUACAUUAUUUUAUAAAAACAAAUUUUCUAUCAGAAAAAAUGAAUUUAUCGAAAAAUCACAAGAUAUCUUUUUGAUUUAAUUUUUACGGUAUCGUCGUCAAAAAUUUUGAGCUUUAAAAGAAUUUGAAUUUUUGGAAGUUUUUUGCUUUAAUUUUGUUAUAAAUACACUUAUAGAAUUGAAACUCGGUGAUAAUACUUAUAUUGGACUUGCCUAGACGAGGUAAAAUUUCCAAAUUUCUUCGGACGACUUUUAUUCCUUUUUUAAAUUUUUUUACAAUGGUACUUUUUUUCAUAUAUACUGUCGACCACUUUUAUCCUAGAAAACUUGCUCCGAUGUAUAAGUGUAGCACUAUUUCUGAAAAUCAAUUUUAUCUACUUGGUUAAUACACAUGCCAUUUUUUGAUUUUCAAAACGUUAUUAAAAUAAAAACGAUUAACUAGAGGAAAAAUACGAUAUUUUCACGAUUUCGUUAUUUUAAACAAGUAUCUACCACGUUUUUUAGCACAAAUAUGACUACAAUUGAAAAACGACAAAAAACCAUAUUUUUGUUGAAUUUUUUUUUUUUGAAAUCAAAUUUAAAUGAAUCGAAAUGAUAAUCGCGAAAAUUCGUAGCACUUCAAAUUAUGUGUUACCGAACUGCGCUCUUUCGUCAGCAAUGGUUUAUCGUUGCUUAAAAAUAUAAAUGAAAUAAUCUUAUGUAUCCUACCUUAACAUGUGGGAUGUUUUUUAACAGUGACUGCACCCGUCCCCAGUAUCAGCUCUUAUUUUACUGUUUAAAUUUUUAAACUGUAAUUGUUGAUAACAAAAUAGUUCUAUUUUUCAAAAUUUCAAAUGAAUCGUAAAUUAGAUUCGGAGAAAACGGCUUUUUACUUUUACACCAUACGUGUAUAUUCUUUUAUUGUUCCGAGAAAGAUCUUUUUGAGGUAGCAAAAAUUCUCAAAACGUUUUAUCCGGCUCCACUCGUUUAAUGUAAUCGAUAAUAUAUGAAAUUAAAAAAUAUGGUAGUUUAGGAUUAUGGAGGUAUUUACAUUUUCCGAACUUGCCGCAGUCAGAUUGCCCCGCGAAAAUCAUGAACAAAUGAAUUGUCGAGAGAGGAAACAUCUUAAAAGCGAACAUUAUAAAAACUAAUCCAGUGAGCUCUAACACUCAGAAUCUUUGAAAGAAUAACGAUUCAUCAUUCAUUGCUUUCAAUUUGGAAAUAAUAAUAAUAACGAAAUAUUUAUGACUGCGGUUUAUAUUUUGAAUAAUCCGUUUGAAAUAGAGUGAUCUAUUUAAUGUAGAUGCAAAUUACUUACCUAAAUAUCUUCGUUUUUAUUUUUCGAAAUAUAAAUUUAAAAAUUAUCGAAUAAUCGGUUUGCAAAAUGUGUUAUUUACAUGAACGUCAUCAUGUCAAUUGAUUAUUUGUUUUCAUUAUCAUUUUUUUAUUGUUGGAUCAUUAUUAUUUUUUCUUCUAAACUAAUAUCCGAUAUGAAAUUAUAAUGAUUCGUAAAGACCAUAUACAAAGAAUAACGAUGGUCUCGUUAGUGAUAUUGAAGUGGAAACUUGCUGUUCGAGGCAUUGCAAGACAUUAACGAAAAGUGGUAAGCAGCAAAAUACCUACCUAUAUUCUAAAACAAGCUUCUUUUGCCAACUAUACAGUUUUUGACACAUAUAUUGACGACUUUUUUUUCUACAACUGGAGACUCGUCUAAAAAACAACGCCUAGUCUGACGUUCCUAAUUUAUGUCAUUUCAUCAGAAUUCCUUCAUUUACAAUACAUUUUUCAUUUCUACAACAAUAUUUUAUUCGAUGUUUAUAUUGUUGAUAAAUUCAACAGAAACAUGAAACAUGAGAUAAGAACUAAUCCAUAACAUAAAUAUUAUUAUCUAAAAAUUAGAUGAAAAAUCAUAAAUUUUAUUUUAUUUUUAUUUUAUUAUAAUUAUAAUAAUGAUAAACUUCGCAUUUAUCUCUUGAAUAUUAUAUUAAAGUCUAAAAAUGUGGAUCGUUCUAUAAAAGUAUCUAUUAUUAGGUUUCCUUUCCAUUCUGUCAUUUUACUUUAGAAAUCCUUAAUAUAGGAACACGAUGAUUUUAUUUUCAUACAACUAUAAUUAUAUUAAUAUAUUCAUAAUCAUAAUACUAUUAUAAUGUUAACAUUUCUAUCAUAAAACACAUUUCGUCCCAUUACGAUUCGAAUAAAUAAAAUAAUACGUGAGUAUUUUAUUUGUCAUUGAGUAGGUAUUUUUAAUUUUUUUUAUCCUUCAUGUUUAUGUUGUAGUAACAUAGAUAAGUAUUCCUUUUCGAACUCUAUUCGAUAUUUGUCCGUUUAAUUUCAAUAUUGGAAUAUUUUAUGCCCUAUACCUAUAUGUGCUUUUUUCGUUGAACUCAAAAUGAAUAAAAAUUAAAUGACGUUUGGCAAUUGGAAAAUAACUUUACUUUAAAAACUCAGUGUGUGUUAAAGCGUUUGUUGCUUCAUUCAUAAUUUACGUCUUGUAAUAAACAAUCAGAAUAAUGGCUUUUAAAUGACUUCUCAAAUAAACUCAUAUAAACCUAUAUAAACCUUCGAAAAAGCACAAGUUCAGCAAAAAUAAUAAUAUUUAUAUAGUUAAUAUUUUAUACGUUUUAAUUUAAUAUUCAAAUAAAAUUGAUCCGAGUCGUAACUAGAAUGAGACAAGCGAGACGCUUGGAUUGGGCGCCUGGUGCUUAAGAAAAAUUAUUAUUGACAAUAUAAUAUUUUUCAUUACUAAGCAUCGAUCCGUAGAUAUAAUUUUAUAUUCUUCAUGUAAAAUUUAUCUUUGCAUCAAUUACUCGGUUAUCACUUUACAUUUAUUAACAGUUGCAAGAGCUUACACUGAUAUCGGUUGUUAAACAAUUGUCAUUUAUUAUUAAACGGAAUUUUCUCUCAAUGCCCGUCACAACAGCUUUAUGUGAAAGAAGUUUUAGUAAAUUUAAAUUGAUAAAAACUUACUUAAGAUCUACAAUGAUUCAAGAUAGAUUAUCGAGCAUGACCAUACUUUCAAUAGAAACGGAAAUCGCUAAUAAAUUUGAUUAUGAUGAAGUUAUUAACAAAUUUGCAAAAAUAGCAAGGAAAAUUCAAUUAUAAAUAAUAACUAUUUUUAAUUUUUUUAAUUUUUUAUUUUGAAAUAUCUAAUAAUUUGUGAUUGUAAAUUUCAAAUUGAUUUGUUUACUAUAAUAAUAUAAUAAUGCAUAAUAAUAUAUUGGUUCUGAUAUAAGAAUUGUUAUAUUAGAUAUAUAAAAGACAAAUUUACAUUUGUAUAAAAACAACACAUACAUACACUCUAGAGUGUAGAAUAUAUAUAUAUAUAUAUAUAUGAGAUUCUGUUAUGAAUCACCACGAUAAAAAAAAUGGGGAAGGAGUUGAGAAUUGUAUAUUUGUCACUAAAAAUUGUAUUCCUUGUUUUGUUCGAAAAAUAAUUACCAAUUUUCAGAUUAUUCUGACUAUUUUUAAAAACUGAGUGUGUCACCCUCCUUCCUCCCACGCCACAUCUUCGAUGUCUCACUAUUGGGACAUCCCUGAUUAUGUUAGUUAAAAUGAUUAUAAGGCGUAUUACUAGAGCUUUAAGUAAAUACUUAAUAUUAUGAAAUUUUGAUGAUAUACCUACCAAAAUAAAACUGUUUAUUUUAGACAAAUGGUAAGUAAAUUAUAAUUAAUAUACUAUUGUAUAUUUAAAGAUACAAUUUUUUUAAAAAAAUCAAUUAUGUUAUUAAAGACAAAAUCUAUGUGUUUUAUUUUUUUAAGUUAAAGUGUACCUUUAAAAAGUGUAAGAAUUAAUAGAUUGCUCGUCUGUUGAUUUUAUUUCAGUAUCAUAAAAGAGUAUAUAAAAAUUAAAAAUUAAAAUCAUAAUUUAUUUACAUAGGUAUUUCAUUCAAACGAACCUAUAGAAUAAUCAUAAUCUAAAAGGCUUUAGAAAUUUAUUAUGGUAUCGUCUGUAGCGUUUCCUGCACCUUAAAAAAAAACACUUAAAACUUAAUUUAAAUAACAAUAGAAUCAUUAAAGAGAUAUUCUGGCGUGUCUCGAUGGUCUUGACUUUAAAAAAUAUACCACUCAAGAAUGCGAAAAAUAAUCUUUAGAAGUAUUUUUAUUUUUUUAAAUGACAUUUUUUAAUUGAUUUUUAUGGGUCAGUAGAUUUGUAGUUGAAAUUAAAAUAUGAAUACCAAUAUUCAAAAACCUCACAAUACCUACCUAUAUCAUUUGUUCGUUCAGUAAAACUAUAUAGGUAUUUGUACUGCAUUUUGUCCAAUGAAGUGGUUUAAUUAAAUACAAACUUGAAAUGAAUACCCCCCUUUCAAUAGAAAAAUAUAUUUACUAAAUAAAAAAUAUAUUAAUAGUAUAUAAAAUAUAUAAAAAUACAUUUAUUAUUAUACUAUCGCUAAAUAAUUAAAAUGAUUAAUAAGAGUAAGAAGUCACUUGCCCUACAUUUAAAGUGUUAAUUUUAGGUAAUUUUAACAAGAUGUUAAAAUGAAAAUUAAUUAACUGUGGAAAACUACCGGGAAAAUAAAAAAAAAGCCUUUCUAAAGUAUCUCUACAGUCAAAUUUCCUUUUGGAAAAAAUGCUAUUAUUGUUAAUCGAAGCAAAAUUGCUGAUAUAAAAGUUGUCCACAGAAAAAAAAAACAUUUUAGUAAAACCAAUAUAUUUCUCGCUCUACUCAAAAUCAAAAAUGAUAAUAGUAUCAAACAUAAAUACAAAAUUAAUUUCUGAGUUUUCACUUUGUUUUUUUUUUUUUAAUUUUUUAGUAAGAUAUCUUUAUAUUUCACUUAAAAAUUAAAAAUAAUAUUCUUACCUGUAAAUUUAUUAGUAAGCUUUAAUAUUAAAACUAAUAGCUCAAAAUCAGUUCUACUGAACGAAAAGAGUACAUUAUUCAAUUUUUAACAUUAGCCGUAAGCCCGUAACAUAUAUAAAUUAUCUAUCAUAUAAUAUAUCUAAAUGGAUAACUACGUACAUUACCUAAAUAAAUAUGUGUUCUUUAAUAAUUUAUAGCUAACUACACACGAUCAAUUUAAUUACGUAUGAUUAAUCCUGAUAUUUAAUUCAAAAUGACGGAGAAAACGCUUUAAUAUAAUUAUUCGGUUUCAUUAUAUAUUUAUAGAUCUAAAAUAUUUACUAAGAUAUAGGCACCUAAUUAAAUUAACAAUAUGAAGUAAUCCAUUCCCUAAAAUUAUUUUCAAGAUCCCUUAUAAAUAAAGGUGCGUAUAAUUAACUAUAAGUAAUCUAACUAUUUGUUUAAUGUUAUUUUAAUACCGAGAAGGUUUAACUCAAAUAAAUAUCACUUAUAUUAUACAGUAUAUUAUUAUACAUUUUAUUUAUGUACUUAAAUAGUAUUAAAUAUAAACUACAACUCAAUAUGUACAACAGAAUCACAAUAAUCUAUUUACUGUUCAAAAAAUGUUGCAAAACUUUUAUUAAUAAGAGUAAGUAGCCUUUACAGUACUUUAUAAUUGAAUUUAAUUAUUUAUAUAUACUUUUUAAUCACUAUAGGUACCUAGUUUGUUCAAACGAUGAUGGUACAUUUAAUAAUAAAGUAUAUUCACUACCAAAUAAAACUUUUAUUAAAUGUUUAUUAGGUUUUAAUAAAAAGUUCAGAACCCUUAUAAGGGUUAUAGUGUUCGUCUAUCUAAAGUUCUAGCAAUUCGUUACCCGGUAUACGUUCUCGUUAAUUAAUCAACGGAAUAAUAAAAUAAGUGAUCACAAAGGAAUUAUGGAGGAUGCAACCAGUAAAUUUAAGUAUGACUGCAGGAUGAAGUGACAUAAGUGUUGAGUAAUAAAAGUAUACAUUAAAAGGAUAAAAAGGAAAUUUUCAAAAAAUAUGCUGAAAAAGUUUGAUAUGACUAUAAUGGGUGUGAGUAAUGCCUACUAUUAUAGGAUUAUCGAAAAAUUAAAAAAAUUAUCAAAAAUAAAUAGCCUAAAAUUAUUGAAAUCCCGAUAUAAUCGAGAUUCUAUAAUUUAUUUUUUGAUUUAAAGUGUUUUGUGACAGCAUAGAAGCUAUAACACGAGAUUCUUCACUAUCAAAUAGAGCCCAAAAAUAUAUACAAUUUAUAAGGUAAACGAUCACGCUCCUAAAAGCAUUACAUCCGUUUGUGUUUAGCAUACAAGUUACUACGUCGACCGAAUAUCUUAUAUUGCCAAUAAGUUAUUUAUAUCACGUAAAAUAUUGAAAUGGUUAGAGUCACGAAAAGUUGUCUCUCUUAUUUCCCAGUGUAUCGGGCGACACUCAAAUAAAUGAUUCUUAUUCCAAUAACCACCACCAGCUCCCUGCAGUAAAUUUUCAAACCGUAUGACCAAAAAUGAUUUUUCGUUUUUAUUUUGUCCUAUAGGCUUUUCGAAGAACAUCAAGAGCUUCUCCAAUUAUUCACGAAAUUUGGUGAACUAAAAACUAGAGACGCACAGGCCAACAGCAUGGAGCUGGCUGAACAUGCUAACAAAGUGAUGACUACAUUGGACGAAGGCAUUAAAGAACUGGACGAUCUAGACAGCUUUUUCCAGUAUCUAACUCAAGUGGGUGCUACACACAAGAACAUACCGGGUUUCAACCCGGACUAUUUUUGGGUAAGUACACAACUUUACCGUAUUCCUACUUUCAAUAUACAGGGAUUAAAAUCGAUUACAAAAUGUAUGUCAAAUAAGCUAAAAUUUGUUGAAACCUACAACUGAGUUUACCUAAUUUCGUCAUAAUAAAUAUCAACAAAUUUGCUUACAUUCAUCUUUAAUACUAAUGUGUGCAUGUUAUUUUAUAUUUUAUUUCCUUUGCAUUAUAUUAACGAAGAAAAAUGGAAUUUUAUAAAUAAAUUCGCUUAUUUAAAAACAUUUGAUUUUAAGGUCACUUUGGGAAGUUCAUAAUAUCAUUUAUUCAUAACAUCAUUUAUUAUAAAUUACAUGGCUAUCAUUAUCUAGAAAACUUAGGAAACUUACUUGAGCUAUCUUAAUACAUUUAAAAUGUUUAUAGCUACACAGUAAACACGAUGAAUAGGCACGAUACAAAAUGGAAAUUAGUAUUAAUGAUAAACUGUGUGAUCAUUUUUUUUGUUUACUAGAAAAUCAUUAAAUUCAAGUCAUAUUACAAGUGAUUUCUUAUAAAUUCAAUACCUAAAUAUUUUUUUCUAGUUAAAAUGUAUACUGAACCAAAGUAUUAACGAAACACCAUGAAUAAUAAUUCAAAAAAUAAAUGAAAAUAAUAUCCAAGUAAUUGGGAUUUUUUUAAAAGUUAAAUAUAUUUUUGAUUAUGCAAACGCUAUAAGAAAAAAUAAAUAAUUAUACUUUUUAUAAAACCAAGUCAAAUUGUUUUACUUUUAAAUUUAAUGAUGAAUAAUUUCCCUUUACAUAAAAUAUAGAAUUAAAAUUCGUGAAAUACUCAAUACUUCGAAAGUUUUAAUAGUAUUCACAUUACUAAAAAGAUCACGAUUUAUAAGAAUAUGCAUUUUUCUCAUUCAAAAAUAAUUUUAAAAAUCGUGAAAAGCAUUUCAGUGUACCUAGAAUUGCAGUUAAAAGUUGUAUACGAUUUUAUAGAGGGUGUCCUACAGUGUUAUCCUUAUGCCUUUAACUGUCAAUGUUAAUUUUUUUUUUCAAACGGAUCCUAUGCGAGACAUAUGCAGAUAAAAAUAAAAAUUGUAUUUCCAUCUCUUAACCACUGAAAAUUUAUUUUUUAUUUUAAACUUUUUAAAAUUAAUUAGCCAUUAUUUAAAUGGCCAUCUUGUAAAAAAUAUUGUUCUAAACAUUUUAUUGCAUCGUACAUUCAUAUCCGAUUAAUAGUUUCUUAGUUAUAGUAGCUUUAACGUAUAAAAAAUAUGCGUGAAAACAAUUAAUAUUUUAAUUAUAUAUAAUAUAUUUUCUUAAAAUAUAUAUAUAUAUAUAUAUAUAUAUAUAUAUAAAAUAUAUAAUAUUUAUUUAAAAUUGUACCGAUUUUUCUGGUUUUUCAUAUUUGCUGGGAAAACUCUUUGGAAAAUCGAGUAGCUUCUCAGUAAGAUUUUGUUGCAGAAAAAGUGCUAUCAUUAUAAAUUAAAGGAAAAUUGCUGGUAGAAAAGUUUUUCACAGGAAAAAAGAAGGCCGAAAUAUUUAUUACUAAUACCUACAUUUUGUACAUUUUCCCGUUUUUCCUCCGUUUUUUUUCGGUUUUUCACAUUUGUUAAAUACUCCUAGGAAAAUCAAAAAAAUACCUUCCUAAAGUAACUUUACAAUCGUAUUUGCUUUCAGAAAAAGUGCUAUCAUUUUAAAUUGAAGCGAAAUUUCUAGUAGAAAAGUUGUACACAGAAUAAAAGGUCAUGAUAUUUUUUAAUAAUACCUAUAUUACGUAUAUUUUCCGUUUUUACGACAUCCCGGUUAUAUCCCAGACAUAUCCCGGUUUUUCCCAGAUAUUACGAAAACCGCUUGAAAAAUCAAAAAAUUACCUCCCAAAAGUACCAUUUAGACAAUAUUUCCUUUCAGAAAUGGUGCCGCACGUAUAUGUCUGAGCAAGAUUUCUGUUAUAAUUUGUGUACACGAUAAAAAAAAGGAAAAAAGAAAAUAAAACAUCUUAAUAAAACCAAUACAUUCUUCGCUACACUCAGAAUUUAAAAUGAAUAUUGACAAAUUUAUUAGCAUAAGGAUAGUUUAGCCUAUUGAGAAAUCACUAAAACCCAUCUGUACUUUAAUAAAAAUGUGUUUGUGAUUAUUUAAAAAGUAAAAGGAUAAAUACGAAAACGUAAUAGAAAUGCUGAAACCGUUUAAAUUGAACAUUAAUAAAUUUCACAAUAUAGUUAAACUUACUCAAAAAAGAAAAGUUGUUAUAAAUUUCCUCGAAACAGGCGACAUCUGUUACACCUAUUUACAUUAAACGAAACAUAAAUAAUCCGGUUGAACAUUUAAUCUACAAAGAAACUUUAACAAUAUAACAUACAUACUCUAACUAUAAUUUCCGUGCCAAUAAAAAGUUAUAUAGGAACAUGUAGGUAGGUAACCUAAUAAACUUUUCAAUCAAUCAAAAAUAUUUAGGAAAUUAUAUAACAAUACAAAAAAAAAAAAAAAAAAUACUAUAAAACUAUUGGAUAAAUAAAAACAUACAUUUUUUCCUACUUAAUUCAAUGAUUCAAUUAUUAUAAAUAUCUAAUUGAAUGGUGAUAAAUCGCCUUUUGCUUAUGUUUCUUUGAACAGCAACAAUUCAAAAUAAUACAAUUAAUAUAAAUUGUAAUGUAAAAACUUGGCAUUUUUCGUGGCUUUUUAUUUUAUUAUUAUUUUUAAUAAUUUACAUCGUCUACUAUUUUACAGAUCAAUGAAUAAUAUGUUGAACUCACAUAAUAUAAAGCAAUGUUCCUUUAUAUUUGGUUUUAAUAAAAUGGAUGAACUAAUGUUUGUUCAUUAAAUGGUACAUAUGAAAAUAACUUAAACUCUUUUAUAGUCGCUGCCCUUAAAGUAUAAAUUAUUUUAGGGUUGGUUCUAUCAACAAAAUUAAAUUGCUUCAUUUCUUAUAAAUAUUAAAAUAUAAUAAAAAUGCAGUUUUGUUAUUUUUCCUAUCAAUUCAUAUUUUAGACGUAAAUUUAAUUAAUUAUAGUAAACGUUUGAUUAAGUCUAUUUAUAAGAUAUUUGUAAUAAAUAUUGUUGUUUUAUAAAACUCAGGUUUUUAUUACCAUAAUUUAUUAUAUUUAUAUGUAAAUCAAUUUAUUUAAAUUAAAAACAUUGCGUUCUACAUCGAGAGUUUAAAACUAUUUCUGAAUUGUUUUCAAUAUAGAAUAUCAAAGUUAAUAAUUCAACUAAAUAUAGGUAAUUAAAAUAAUUCAUCAUUUUCCACGAACACUAUAUUUUACAAAAACGUUCUUUUUAAUAUUACUUUUUUAUACGUUAAUUUUGAGAUAUAAAUUGUAUUCGCAUGUCGAUUAAAAACCAAAAAUCAAAAAUAUCCAUCGAAAAAAGAGAUGUAUAAUUCCAUAUAUUAUAUACAUGAUAAAUUACAAUCCAACCCCAACUGCUUGCCUGGUAUGCUAUUAAAGUUGACGACGUGUCGUCCAAAUAUGUUGUAAUUCGAAAAAGGUGACGAGUGUUUUCGGGGUUGAUAAAUUUGUUGGGGCGAAAGCAAUAGAAAUCGUUUUGGGGACACAUAUCAAUGGUAGGUCCAUUGUUUUUAGUUGUUCUUCGACACAAAGCAAUCAACUGGACUCUGUGAUUUGUCGGCACAAUUAAAUACAAUAUAUUUCAUAGGAUAUAAUAUAAUGACUCGACAAUUUAUUUAAUGUUCCGUACAAAUCAAUUUUAACGUCUAGUCAAUCAUGCAACGCACUACUGCAUUAGUCGAUAGCCAAUGAAGACAAUUUCGUGGAAUAGUGAGAAUUUCAAAAAAUUUAAAUGCACCUCACUGUUCAAUAAUUAAUUAUCAUUUCGAGCGGGUAACGUUUAAAAUUAAUUGCAUACAAAUCAAUUGUAUAUAGGUAACUAGGUAUUAAAAAUUGACAAAUAAAAAUAUAAACUUGCUACUUGCAAGUUGGCACAGAUCCUAAAAAUAAUUUAUUGAUUUCUUAUUUACCAGUGUUGUAAAAAGGAUAAAGAUACAUUUUAACAUAUCUAGAUUUUUCAUAAAGGUGAUGUGAUUGAUAUAACUUAUUUAUUAAUUUAUUAAAACAUUUUAAUAUAAAUUAAAUAUUUAACCAAUUAUUUUUUUACGAUUUAAACAAAUUUAUCUAAAUGAUUCAAUAAUUAUCUUAGAUAACAAGCUCAGCUAACUAAUUUCUCAUUUAUCUAUAUAAGAUAAAAGAUAAAAAUUGACUUGUCUAGAUAAAUGCAUCUACAUAAAAUGUAAUACUGCUUAUUUCAUGUUAUAUUUAAACUCAUUUAACGAAUACGUGGGAAGUUAUAGAUAAAAGCCAUUAGCCUACAAUAAAUGCCAUAGUAUAUACGGCAGUCCCAACUGCCAAUAAUGUAUGUUCAUAUAACAAAUUGAGAUAAAUCUGACUUAUAACACUUAACACACUAAAUAUUAUAUUGACAUGCAAUCAACCAACAUUGACUAGAUAAAGGCUGACACAACUGUGAUGGAUGAUGGAAAAGAACAGACCUAACAAAACACUAGAUAAUCACGUUUGUGAAACUCAGAACCAUCAAAUAUGAACUCACACGGGUAGUACGAGUAUGUGUGUGUUACGUUCGAAAAAAAAUCAUACACUGAAUUAACUAUCUAAUAACGCACAUAAUAUGGUGAUGUUUUUAAUAAAAUAUAUGAGCAUUACUUAAGAAUCUUUGACGAUUGUAAACAAAUAGAACAAUAUUUAAUUUGUCAAAUCAAUUAAAUCGUUAUUAAAUAGAUAAUAGAUUUAAUAAAAAUCAGCUUGCAUCAAAUACUGAAAUUAAAAUUUACAUUUUAAUGAAACAUAAUGAGUUUAGUUCAGUUUAGUUGUUUAAAUUUUUUGAAAUUGAUAUUUUACAGGAUUUAUAGUUAUUAUGUUAAUUAAUUGGAUUAAGUAUAAAAUAUUUCCAAAACUCUACCUAUAUUUUUUUUUGUCUUGAAAUUUGUAUACCUAUAGGCUAUACCUAAACGUCACAUUUGUUUUCGUUUAACAUAAUAUAAUAAAAUAUUGGUUUAUGUAUACACAAUACAUAUAUAUGCUUUAGACUAAGGAAUUAAUAAUUUCCAAAAAAGCAAAAAGAAUUAGAGCCAAAUAUUAACGUAAAUAAUUGUUUUCAUAAACUAUACAAUAUAAUAUAUUCUUUAACCUUUUAAUUUAAAAUAUUUCCAGUAAAAAUAACUAAUUCUGUAGUGUAAGUAAUUUAUAAAAAAUAAAACAAGUUACCGCUUUAUUUGAAUUGUAUACAAUUAUUUUUGUGUCAGACAUUAUUGUAUUUGUAUUUUUUUUUUUAGAAAAUUGAAGUGCCAUUUUUAGAAGCAGUAAAAACUACUUUAGGUGAUCGGUUUACGGAAAACAUCGAGACAAUAUAUAAAAUCACCAUUAAACUCAUCAUAGAGACGUUGAUAAAAGGAUUUACGGAAUCGCCCGGACCAUAAAAGCCUAUAUAUGAGUUUAAUGAAAUCGUAUAGGCAUUCCAAAUUCCAUAUCAAAUACAAUGUACAAGUGACCGAACAUAAUUAUAAUAAUAUAAUAUUCCGCUGUGUAAUAAUAUUAUUAUGAUAUUAAACUUAUAACUCUUAUCAAACAAUAUGUCAUUUGGAAAUUAACUUUAAAAACAAUGUUAAGCUCAAAUUUAAUUAACUGGGCGCAAUUUGUAUUAAAAUAUGUCAUAAUGUCAAUUUGAUUUUCAACGUGUACCUACAUAAAAAAAAAAAAAAAAAUCAUAUUUAUAAAAAAUAUACAAACGUGUAAUUAUUAUUGUUAUUGAUUGUUAAUUGGCUAUUAUUAUUAUUUAUUACUUAAUAUAAUAUUAAAUCAAUAAUUGUAUAAAAGAACAUUGUCUGUUAUAUAUAAAUAUAUAUAGCAACUAAUAGAUAUCAAAUAUAAUAUAUAUAUAUUAGACAAGCG